AUGGGCUUCUUGGAUCUCCAGAAUAUUCAUUGUUCAUUAAUUGUGGUGGUGAGGGAACAUUUAUUAAUGGGCAUCAAUGAUAAUGAAACAUCACAAUUUUUUAUAAGCCCAAAAGGAAACUGGGCUUAUAGCAAUUCUGGAGGCUUUUUGUCAACAUCUUUGAAUUCCAGUGAUUAUAUCAAAAGAGGGAAAUGUGGAAUUUCAGUAGCUGACGCACCUCUAUAUGAAAAGGCUCGCCUCUCUCCGACCUCCCUAAAGUAUUAUGGGGUUGUUUGCGUAAAGGUGGAUACAAUGUCACACUUCAUUUUGCUGAAAUUGUUUAUGCUGAAGACACUUCAUUUUGCUGAAAUUGUUUAUGCUGAAGAUGAAGAGCAUAGCAGUUCAAUGAAAAGGAUUUUCCAUGUUGAUGUACAGGGUGAGAGGCAAUUAACAGAUUUCAACAUCAAAGAGAGCGCAGGAGGUCUAAAUAAAAUCAUAGUAAAAACAAAUCUCACAGCAAAUGUUGCUGAUAAUGGUGUGUUGGAGAUCCACUUGCACUGGGCUGGAAAAGGGUCCACGGUGGAUUUAUCUUCUUCUAGUGGGAAUCAUCGAACUCGUUCUAGUGGGCCUCUUAUUUCGGCCAUCACUGUAACUCCUGAGUUCAAAAUCAAACGUAAGAAGCUGUCUCCUUUAGAAAUUUCAAUGAUUACAUUGGCUUCAAUAGUAUUUGCUGCGCUGCUUUUGUUGGCUUUGGCUUGGGCAAUGGGCGGGUUUCGAAAAGAAGAGCUUCACGAAAUAAAUGUAGGUCAAGAGAAGCCUGUCACCCUCAAACAGUUAAAAGAUGCGACUGGAAAAUUCAGCAAAGAAAUGGAGAUUGGCAAAGGGGGCUUGGUAAAGGGGGCUCCGGGACAGUUUAUAGGCGAGUAUGUGGCUCUUGAGUACCUUAUGUACGGAACCAUAUCAUAUAAAUAUGAUGUUUAUGGUUAUGGGGUGGUUAUACUCGAAAUUCUUUGUGGGAGGAGAAAUGCGGAACAAAAAUUGAACAAGGAUGAGUUAGAGUAUCUUGUAGAUGAGGUUGUUGUCGCAAAUUCACAAGGAAGGCUCCGUGAGAUGGUCGAUAAAAAUUUUUUGGGGUAUGAUGAAAAAGAAGCCAUAACAAUUCUAAAGUUAGCUGUGAGGUGCAUCAAUAUAUCCACCAGUUUCAAGCCCACAAUGUCUGAAGUUGUGAGUGUUCUGACAGGUGAGAAAACUAUUGAUGAUAUUUGGAAGCCUGACUCCACCCAGAAUCUUUGCCAAAAUUGUAUAAAAUCUCUACAUGAAGAUGAUGGUGUUGUAGAGCUUCGGCAUGCCUAG